AGCCCGAGCCGGUGCUCCUCCGUGCGUUGUACGUACAUACAAUACACACGUCCCGUACCCAUACUCCAAUCACCGUUUCCCGUCACCCCCGAUCCCGGUGCGCGGCGCAAAUACCAAUCGGUUAUCACCUAGUUUUACCGAUCUACGGGCCACGCACGCCCGGAGUUACUCCCCUUUCCGUUUUUUUUUUUUUUUUUUUUUUUCAACCGAACGCGUGAUCGGUCAAGUGCAACCCUCUGGAACGAGAUACUCGAGCGGGGGUGUAUCGGGCAGGAGGACCGGCAGUAAAAGUUGGGGCGGGUGGCCGAGGAAUUAUUUACCGAUACUCGAUCCAGGGGCCGCGAUCCAGGAUCUAAAAUCGGCGUGACAUCUGAAAUGUGUGUGCGCACGGUCGCGAGCUCCCAGGAACUGGCCGACGAGAACCCACCCCUGUCAGUAGCGGCGCCCACGGUGUUCAGUACAAUAGGCGGGAUGCAGCAGCAAAAAUCGGGGAUGGUAGCCAGCACGGGUUGCCCGUACGGUUUCGGCUCGGCGAAAAACGGCCUGACCAAGGCCAAGGAGAAGUACAUGAAGCUGCACGAGGAGAUGCUCGAGCGCGAGGCCGCCGAGUCGAGGACGAAGAGCGAAGGGGAUGGCGAGGGGGUCGGCGACGAGGAGCAGCUACACAAGACCAGUGGCGACGAGUUCGCGUGGAACAGUUUUGCCUUCAAGAGACUCGCCGGCAAGCUCAGGCGGAGGCUCGGUCGGUGGCAGGAUUCCAAGAUUUACAAAGUCUUGUUCUGCACGGCCCAGCCGGCGCACGUGAUAACGAUAGCCGCGGUGCUCUGCGUCACGUCGGCCCUCGUCCCGAGUGGCUCCGAGAGGACGACGAGCCAAGCCGCCGGCCAGCCCCGCUCGCAGCUCACGUCCUUUGUUUACCUGGCCUCCUUCGUCGUGCACUUUGGCUCCCAGAUCUGGAUGACCUUUGUCUCCGGUCUGUCCUUGUACUUUGCCCUGCCGCGGCACGCGUUCGGUGAAGUCCAGCGGAUCCUCUUUCCGCGUUACUUUACCCUCAACGCCUGCCUCAGCCUGACGACUCUGCUCAUCUACGUCAAGCACCAUCCGGCCCACAGCUGGGACUCGGAGAUAGCGGUCCAGGUGAUAAGUAUGGGUGGGGCGUUUUUCCUCGAGCUGCUGAUACGGCUGUACCUGACGCCGACGCUCCUGAAGCUGAUCGAGGUGAAGACGAGCCUGGAGCGGGCGGCCGGUGUCGGGGCCGAGAUUGGCCGGCACGAGUCGGGCGCCCUCAAGCACUGCCCGCACUACCUCAAGAUACACAACGCCUUUCGCAAGACCCACAUGACCAUCGCCAUGGGCAACAUGUUGACGAUGGCGUGCACCGUUUUGCACCUACACUACAUUGCCAGCAAACUAUGCGUCCUCUAAUCAUU